CAGUGCCAGCAACACGACAUAGCAGUUCCGUCUCACAUAGUUAAUGCACCUUAGCAUAUUGUUUCUCUUUAUCUUUUUUAAAGGGAUCGGAUUUUUUCGGAACUACCUAAACUGACAACGGAACCGACAUUCACCAUACCGUGGCGAUUCGCCUUCUUGUUCGUUUCGUUUGCUUUUUUGUUUUUUGUUUUCUCGUCUUUCGUUUUCUUCUUCUUUUUCUAUUUCUUAUUCUUUCUCGAUCUAAAAUAGAUAUAGAUCUUGUUUUCUCUUUUCUCUCUCUCUUCCUAGGGGGGACAAAAAUUGCGGGAUUUGCGCACGUUCAAUGGCCGCAGCCCCGCCGACCGUUCGUUCUUGUCUGUCUCCCCACCUGUGUGCCCCGCCGGUCAGCCAAAUGGUCUUUCGUUUCCAUUGUCCUGCCUGUGAGGCAGCGUCCCAAGUCGCGCCCAGCGAAAGACGAAAGGCGGAGCACACCAAGGCUCCCGGCUUGUCCUGGCUUUUUUUCCUCGUGCCUGGGGUUUUUGGUAAUUCAUUGACGGGCAUUUGCAGAGGCCGCGCAACCGCCUCCACAAUGUGGAGGUGGCUGCGCGGCCUCGGCAAAGAAAAUUUUUGGCCGAUAUUGUUACACGAUCAGGGGGGUAAAACGAUCAACCGCCCUCACCGGGUAGUCCGAUCGUGUGGGAGUCUUGAAAUCGGUUGGCUCUGGGUUGUUCUAGGCCAUGAAGCGCCGGCCCUUAUGUGUGGGGCGCUUUGGUACCGCUUUCGAUCAUCCUCCCCCUGCCCCUAUCGUUUCCCUUUCAUGUGGAUAGGAGUUGAGCACUUGCCGAGCUGGGUGGUGGUUCUGUCCCAACAAAAGUUGAGGCAAUUUUCGUGAAGUUUCUGAGGGAUCAGAUCGCCCGGCCCCAUCCGAGUGAAAGCGAAGCCGUUGGCGGUGGCGCCCAGACUAGUUCUUCUGCUCUCUGUCUAAUGACAGAAUACGCACCCAUUGCAAGCAUUUCCGUCUCUAGGAGACCAGGCAAAGAGCGUGAAUUCCAACGAACCAAAAGCCGGCGCCCUUGCUCUGUGAGUGUCUCGGCUCACGCGCUUCCUUUCGCAGACAGCGUCGCUUCGUAACUAAACCGAUUCGAUCACUUUCCCACCCUCGCAAGCUCUGUCUCACCUGUGUGGGAGCCAUGCGCACAGAAGCCGUCUCUCUACUUCUAGGCGCUAGCCGGAGCUUCCCUGGGUGUUCUGUGUUUCCAUUUCAACACCUAUUUACUGCUUCGGGUUCCGUUUUCAGUCUGGGCCCUUUUUUUUAAAAAAACACGACAACAUGCGGGGAAGGAUCCAAGGGUCGCGAAAAAGUUCCGUUGUCAGUUUAGACAGUUCCAAAAAAAGCCAUAUCCUUUUUUAAAUCACUGUCUGGCUCCAGCCUCCAGUAAAAAUCAGAAAGAUGUUUUUCGUAUGAGAAUAUAGACGCUUAGCCUUAUAUGUUGUUAUUCUAAUGCUUUAGUGCUAUUCUUACACGUACAAGUAGUAUCUUUGGAUACUUUGUCUUGCGGCAUCUUUGUAGCCUAGAAGUUCCCUCUUCUGUGAAACUUAUGAAGAAAACGCUGCGAGCGAAGGCACAGAACCUGCUCGCGCUGACCCUUCCAAAGACGUGAACGGAUUGACAGAGAAUUUCGCUGGAU